AUCUAUCCUGUUUGUCAAAUCCAACUCAGCCAUAUUUCUAAUUCAUCUCAACCUCCACAUCCAACCCCCAAGUCCGACCAUGCACAUUCUCUCCUCUUCUCUCAUCCUCCUUCCCCUCCUUCUCACCCCCACUUCCGCAUCCGUCCUCUUCCUCCUAAGCACCCAACCCGGCGGUCUCGGCCUCUCAAAAUCCUACAUGGUCAACCGCUGGCAAUGCGACACACUCGUCGCCCCCAUGGACAAGAACACCAGUUGGGCCUUUGUAGCAAGUGGCUUGGCGAAUGGGUGUGUUUUGUACGAGAAAGCAAACUGCACAGGCAAAAACCUCUACGUUGCGAAGAAUAAUGGAAACGUGCUAGGUCCUGGGCCGGUGAAUCUUACGGAUUUUGAGUUCGAACAUGUUGCCAGUUCGUUUAGCUGUGUUUGAGGAAAACAGGACAAGGACAAGGACCAGGAGAUGGCAAUAAUAAUAGUAAUGAAAUGAACGCGCCGAUGUAAUUUGGAAAGGUAUUAUUAGUAAUGACAUGGAAGACUGAGAAAAGAUCGAUGGAAAAGAACUAGUUAGGUAAUAAUAAUCACAUCAAAGAAUACGAACAAAUGGUGGAAAACUUCAAAAUAGUCUAUUAGAAAGGUGUCUGCGCGACCCGAACACGCUCAACGUAAUCGAAGAGAGCAAAACAAACAAGGGGCUCAUAAAUAUACUACACGUCGGGAGAACAAAGGCACACAUACAGAUAUGCGUGCGUGUCCCUCUUACUCAUCGCUGAAUUAUCGUCGCCAGACAUUCGAUCCUACACUUCGUUUGGGGGCCCUCCUUCCCCUAUCCCAGCUUGAAAACAAGAAACAACAAACUCCG